AUGACUAGCCGGUAUGCUGAAGUCCACAAGAACCCUCAAGGUCCAGGAGAUGCCCGGCCCACAGCACAGCAGAUUAUUGAUGAUGAAGGGCUUAAAGGUCAACUGGCCGAUCGAUCUAUGUUGAUAACUGGCGCAUCAUCAGGAAUUGGGGUCGAGUCUGCCAAGGCGCUUUUUGCAACGGGCGCAACAUUGUAUCUCACGGGACGAAACCUGGACAAGACCAAGAAAGCCCUGGGCGAACUGGCUUCUUCGCCUCGCGUGCACAUACUGGAAUUGGAUCUAGAGUCUCUAUCGAGUGUGCGCGCAUGUGCUGCUGAGCUCCUCUCCCAAACCAAGACUUUGAAUGUCUUUAUCGCCAACGCGGGUGUCAUGGCAACCCCUGAGGGUCGGACCAAGGAUGGAUUCGAGACCCAGUUCGGCACGAACUACCUUUCUCAGUUCCUAUUGUUCCUCCUCAUACGCCCAGCUCUCUUAGAAGGCGCCGCUGUUACAGGGUCUGACUCUCGGGUCAUCUUGCUGUCAUCUAUCGCCCACCGAUACUCGGAAGUCGACUUUGAAAAUAUCAACUUAGACGGUGCCUAUGAUAAGUGGAAAGCGUAUGGACAAAGCAAGACCGCUCUUCUUUGGGCGGCUAAUGAGAUUGACCGUCGUUACGCUUCCAAAGGACUGCGCGCCUUCAGUGUUCAGCCUGGUGGCAUUCAGACCGGACUCCUGCAGCAUUUGUCUGAGGAAGAAAAGGCCGGACUCGCAUCUGAUCCAACGCUUGGACCUCAAUUCAAGAGCCCACCACAAGGAGCUGCCACCUCUGUAUGGGGGGCCGUCUCUAGAAGCUUGGAAGGAAUUGGUGGAAAAUAUCUCGAAGACGUGCAGAUCGCCAAACCGUAUGAUGCGAGCGAGGGACAAUGGGCACCCGGCUAUUUCCCCCAUGCGUACAGCCCGGCGAAGGAGAAGCUGCUAUGGGACAUGUCAUUGAAAAUUCUCGGCAUCGAAGAGUAA